CGUGUCCCGUUGCUGUGGUGACAGGGCGGAAGUGGCGGCUGCACCGCGCGCCAUUUUCAAACCGGCGGCGGAGCCGGGGCCGGGGCCGGGCCUCCCGCGGGCAGCUGGGGCUCCUGCCGCAGAGGCGACCGCUCCUGCCCGAUGCGCUCUGGCCGCGGGGAGCGCGGAUUAGCCCGGCAGCCGCUGGGCUCUUGUUCCCUCCGGGCUCUGCCAAUGCCUCAGUGACGUAUCGGCGUCUUCUCCGUGGUUUGCUCUGGAAGAAUUUACCUUUAGCAGUGUGUCGGUGUUCCCUUCUUCUUGAAUUUUAUGAAAGCCACUUUGGAGUUGUGUUUACAAUGAUGACAGCAGCAGAGCGGAAGUUUGUUAACCUCAGGAAACGUCUGGAUCAGCUGGGUUAUCGGCAGCCCUUGGGAGUGGAGAGUUUACCUUUGGUGGAAAAGCUUUUUAGUGACCUUGUUCAUACAACAGAGAGCCUGCGCAGUGCAAAGUUAUCUGCUGAAAAAAUUGAAAAAGAGUGCAGCAAUUAUGAUGCUAUUAUAGAACCGUAUAGAACUGAGAAUGCAAAACUUACCAGGGAAAAUAAUGAGCUGCAUUUGGAAAUAUUAAAACUGAAAGAGCAAUCUGAUCGUCAUAUUAAAGAUUUGAAAGCCAGCUUAAGGAGGGUUGAAAAUGAAGCAGCUGACUUGAGAUUCCUGAAUAACCAGUACGUGCAUAAAAUUAAACUGCUGGAAAAAGAGAGCAAAGCCAAGACUGAAAAAAUUCAGCAGCUUCAGGAGAAGAAUCUGCAAGCAGUGGUGCAAACUCCUGGUGGCAGGAAAAGAAACAUCUCAUUCAGGCGUCAACGGAUGCAGAUAGACCAGCCUGUCCCUCCAUCAGGUGUUAGUGCCUAUCCAGUGCCUCAGCCAGAGGACCCAUACAUUGCAGACCUUCUUCAGGUGGCUGAUAAUCGAAUACAAGAACUUCAGUCAGAAGUAACAGAGUUACAGGAAAAACUAGAGAUAUCAGAAAAUGGAAAGAAAAAUUAUAGCAAGCAGGUUGAGCUUAGAGACAAAGAAAUAGAACGCCUAAUGCUAGCAUUGGAUGGUGGUCGUUCUCAUGAAGUUAUAUCUCUGGAAUCAAGAAGUAAAAGUAAUGAGAAACUUAUUGCCCAAUUAAAUUUGCAGGUGGAAUACCUUCAGCAGUCAAACAAAGAACUUGAAAAUCGCAUUCAAGACCUCUUGGACACAAAAAAAAAUGUGACUAGUGAGGUAGUGCACUUAAGCAAUAAAAAUGAAGAACUCUGUCAAGAACUGAAUGAAAUAGACCAUUUGGCACAGCAGUUGGAAAGACACAAGGAAAUUGUGCUUGAAACUGCAGAUAAAGAAAUAGGAGAAGCAAAGAAGGAAAUUGAAAGAAAGGACAGUGAAAUACAUGAUCUUGAAGAAACAAUAACAAGGCUUAAAUCAGAAUUGUGCUCAUGUCGUCGACAGAACGAGAGAUUGAGUGAAGAACUCAUUGGAAAAGCAGAUGAUAAAGAGAAUCUAGAGCUACUGCUAAACCAGCUUCAACAGGAGAAACAAAGGCUGACAGAGAAAACAGAGAACCUUGAAAUAAAAGAGCGAGAACUUGUCCUAGAAAUAGAAAGAAUGAGAUUAGAAUACGGUAUAGCUCUAGGAGACAAAUCUCCAUCUCGUCUAGAUGCAUUUGUCAAAACUUUAGAAGAUGACAGAAAUUAUUACAAAAGAGAAUUAGAGUAUCUUCAGAAAAUGAUAAAACGAAGGCCUAGCCCAAGUCGGAGGACUCCAGAGAAGAGUGAAGAUCUGAGAUUGAUCACUAGAGAAAGAGAUGAGCUACAGUCCAUGUUAGACAGAUUUGAAAAACACAUGAUAGAAAUUCAAUCCAAUGUCAAGCUAUUGACUGCAGAAAGAGACAGAUUAAAUAUUCUUUAUGAGCAGUCUCAGAGUGAAAUAAACAGGCUGAGAAAAGAAGCAAGACAUAAUUUAGUUUCUCAAGGUCACAUGGGAGAAGAAAGAGACAUUGCACUGACAGACUUUAGAAGACUGAUGGCAGAAAAGGAAAGUCUAAGAGAAAAGUUAAAGAUUCAGCAAGAAGCAGCUAACCUUGAAAAAUCAAAGAUGCAGCAUGAUAUUUCAGAACUGGAAGAUAAUAUUCAACAAUUUGAGAUGGAAAGGUCUGAACUAAAGAGUACAAUCUCUGUCCUGAAAGAAAGAAUAAAGUCUUUGGAAAAUGAAUUAAAACUGAAAUCCAAUAAACUUAUCCAGACAUCUGAUGAUUCUUCUCAAAUUAAAGCUGAACUUUGCUCGCUUCACCUCUUAAAUGAACAACUCCAGAGGACUGUGGAAGACUUACAGCACCGAUUGUCUCUCAAAAAGGACGAACUUCAGUCAGCUCAAGAAGAAAUUGUAAAGCUAGAGGAGAAAAUAGAUAGGUUAAACGAGAAGAGCACUUCACAGGAUGAGGCAGUCAAUGUGCUUAGAAGUACUAUUACUGUUUUGGACAAAGAAAAGGACAAUCUUCAAGAAACUGUAGAUGCAAAAACAGAAAGAAUUGCGUGCUUAGAUGACAACUUAGCUAACAAGGAAAAGACGAUUACUCACUUACGGCUAACUCUCUCUGAGCUGGAGUCAUCAACAGACCAGCUAAAGGACCUGCUGAGCAGCAGAGACCGUGAGAUAUCUAGCUUACGUCGCAAGCUUGAUGCAUCCCACACAGAGAUUGCAGAAACAGGAAGAGUAAAGGAAAUAGCUCUGAAAGAAAAUAGGCGACUACAAGACGACCUAGCUACAAUGACCAGAGAAAACCAGGCUGUCAGUUCUGAGCUUGAAGAUGCAAUACGUGAAAAAGAAGAAAUGAAAACUAGAGUUCAUAAUUAUAUAACAGAAGUUUCCAGAUUUGAGAGUCUGAUAGCUUCAAAGGAAAAAGAAAACCAAGAAUUGUUAGAGAAGUUCCGAAUGCUCCAUACACAAGCUGAAGACUGGGAAAUCAAGGCUCAUCAAGCUGAGGGGGAAAGCAGCUCAAUACGACUUGAACUCCUCUCUGUGGAUACGGAUCGGAGACAUCUUCGAGAGAGAGUAGAACUUCUGGAAAAAGAGAUUCAAGAGCAUAUGAUUGCACAUCAAGCUUAUGAAUCUCAGAUCUCCUCUAUUACAAAAAAUAUGUCUAAAUUGGAAGAGGACAUUAAACGUGAACAUCAGGAUAAGUCUUCUGUAUUGGCUGACCUGACUUCUGUCAGAGAACUCUGCGUUAAACUUGAAGCUAGCAAAGACCUUUUAUCUCGACAGCUUGCGUCUAAAAGCAUGGAUUAUGAAAGGGUUCUAGGUGAAUUAGAAGAUAGUAAAUCAGAAGCAGAGUUGCUGAAAAAGCAGUUAUCCAGUGAGAGACUUACAAUUCAGAAUCUUGACACAUUGCUGGCUACCAGUAGAGAUAAAGAAUUUCAGAACCAUUUAACGUCUCAUGAAAAAGAUUCAGAAAUUCAGUUACUGAAAGACAAGCUAACACUCGCUGAGGGGAAACUUGCAAUCACUAAAAUCCUUUCCUCCGAGAUCAAGGGAAGUGAUCCUUCCCCUCUACUCAGCACUAGUGAGGCUCCAUCUGGAGCUCUGUGUCCAGUUCUGGGCUCCCCAGUACAAGAGUGACAUGGACUUAAUGGAUUGAGCCCAAUGAAGGGCCACGAAGACGAUUAAGGGACUGGAGCAUCUCUCCUAUGAGGAAAAGGCUGAGAGAGCUCAGACUGUUUAUCUUGGAGAAGAGAAGGCUCUGGGGAGGAUCUUAUCAAUGUACGUAAAUAACUGAACAGGAAGGAAGAAAGAGCCAGCGUCUAUUCUGUGGUGCCCAGUGACAGGGAAAAUGGGCAAUGAGCAUCAGUGGAAACACAAGAGAUUCCUUCUAAACAAGCUCUUUUUAACUAUGCCGGUGUCACGGUUUUAUGGUUUUCAUUGUUGAUAUUCCGCAUCAUAACAUCAUGUAGAGCACUGGGAGUUAAGAGCUAAUGCUCCAGUUCCAUGGAUUGAGUACUGACACUGACUGCACAGAGAGGUUGUGGAGUCUUUCUCUUUGGAGAUAGUCAGAAGCCUCCUGGACGUGGUUAUGGGCAACCUGCUGCAGGUGUCCCUGCUUUAGCAAGAGAGUUGAAGAGAUGACCUCCAGAGGCUGCUUCCAACGUUAACUGCUCUGUGUUUCUGUGAUGUAUUGUUCCUUUUAAACAUAAGAGGAACUGAAACCAAUACCUACGCUGAAUGUGGACAAUGCUUUUGUUAUAACUCUUUACAUAAAAUUUCAGUAAACUAAGUUUUGAAGUUUUCAUUUUAGGUCUCAUCAUGACAUAAUGACGCCAUUUAUUCUCCUGGGGAUACAUUAGCCAGCGAUUGUAUUCGAAACUUUGCAUUGAAUAGCAAGAUGGUGAGAUAGCAGCUGAAUGUAGAUGAAGAUGAAGCCUGAAGUCAAACUAAAUUUCAGAAGAGAAUAAAAGUAGAACUAAUACACCCAGUUAAUAAACACUGCAGUAGGGUGAGAAGGGAAACAUACGGAAAGUAAAAGGACAGAUAAUGCUUCCCUAUAAGAAGUAGAAUAUAGUGUACCUGAACUGUCAAAAGCUAUCUGUGAUGGCACAAAUGUGCAAGAAAAUCACUUUGGAUUGAUUUGUGUAAAGGCUUACUACCCACAAUUGAUGCCAUACCUCAAAUAACAGUGAUCUUAGUAAAGGUAUAGGUGAUGACACUAUUGAUCACCUCUGUGCAUCUCAUUGCUUCAUGUUUUAGAUUUGCUGAAUUUUGUUUACUUGAGAAAAAAAGAAUUUUAAUGGCAUACAAAGAACAUAAACUAAUGGAAUGUCCUGACUUGUGAAAUAAAACAUGAAAAUUACAGAACAGGGAAAGAAUGAGGUUUUCGUUUAAUGUAAAUUUAGCUUCUUGCAUGCAAACAUUAUAAAACUUUGUUUAAAUCACUUCAUAGUAUUUCUUUCAAAAGAUUUCUUCUGAAUGCAUUUUAAGGUUCCUUCUUUAUUGGAAAUGUCAAUACUCUGUUUAUAUCAGAGGUUCUUCGUCUUGCCAGGCAAAUGUUCAGAUAUAAGAACUAGUUGCAUAUAAUUCUAUUUUCUACUAUUCAGUUUGUAGUACUUGGAGUCUAAAGGACAGAAGCUUUAAACGCUCACAACUGUGAUCAAAGUAUGUGAGUGUUACACUUGUGUCUUGUGAAAAAUGCACUGGAUUUGUCAGCUGGAACUAAAAUUUUGCGAAAGUUGUCUGUCAAUAUUUUUGAACAUUAUUAACAUUUUUGGCACUAUUGUGCCUGUGCUUCCACUCUGUUUAUAAAAUGGUACUGAUACAACUUCUUACUUCAGAAGGAUUCUCAAAAUUAGGUAUAGCUUUGAAGCUCUUCAGUGCCAUAAUAUUGAACUCUGUGAAGAGCGAGUAGUAUUACUCAAAGUGCUAUUUUCAUAAUAAUGGAGUAAAUGAGUUAUUGAGACUGCAGUCAUCAUGUACUAAAUAAACAAUAUAUUCAGUAGCUAAACUACUUGAUGCUAGCUAUAGAUAUCCACUGUGGAAAGGCCAGAUGCCAUGUGAAAAAUAUUGGAUCACCAUGUAAUUUAUUAUAUGAUGAUUGCUGUGGAUAGGGGUUCCAAAUUUCUGCUGUUCUUAAUCUUUCUUAAUUUUUGAAUGACUUACCUCAUCAUCUUAAUUUUGUUUUAAUGUCAUUUACAUGUACUAACCUCAGAAUUCACAGAAUUCUUUGCGUUCUUUCUUUAUCAUACAAUAAUGAUUUUGGGGCUCUCAGUUCUUACCUUCAUCCUGGAAAUAUAUAUGCCACUUUAUGAAGGACUUUAAAUAACGUAUCAUCAAAGCCGAUCCUUGUGCUUUCUGCAACUGUUUGCAACAUGCUAGAUCAAAAUUACUGUAGCAAUUUUAUUGAUGAAUAUGGAAGACAGGAAAAAAUGUUAUGUGUUUCUGGGGGCUUGCAUCUCUUGGGUAUUUUGCAUCUCCCUGGAGUCAGAGACCGGUGGGUGCCCAGACAUGAAUGGGCAUGAUACUGAUACUGAGCUAGGAAUGGAACUUGUUUUCUCAGGAUUUAAGUUCAGUGCUUGCACAGUGAGCUAGUACAUCUUUCCUUCUCCACAACCGACUUCUGAGCACUCAGCUUCAUACUGGCUUUGACGACAUGAUGGAAUAAUAUAGCUGUUUAGAUGACUCCUUUUAUACUUAAGGAACCAUUUUUUUUCUAGUUCUGUAAUGCAAUUCAGAGUGUUUUGUGACCAAGCAUUGAAUUGUCCAAACUGGUGAUUUGCUGAGAAACAUUUUUAAUUAUGUUGCUUAAGAUUUUCAGGGCUGCUUUUCUUUUUGAUUCUUGUAGUUGAAACAGUUGGCCCCAAACUCAGGAACGUACUUGGCAAACCGUCAGGUGUUGCUGGUCUGAGCUUGCAUUAAUACCAGUUUUAUUUAGAUGUUGUUCAGUUAUGUGCUUUUCUGGACUGAUACACUUUUUACUAGAGCCAUACCUGUUAUACUUGUACUUUUUGUGAAUGGCUACUAUUUUUUUCUUCUUUACUGUACACAGAAAAAUGAUUUAAGGUUGCAACAAAAGACAGUAAAUCAAUAAAAUAAUAAUAUAAUUA